AUUUACACCCUGUGGGCAGUGGACACCGACCACGAUUCAAUGGCUGUUUCAGUAGUUAUUUCACAGGCUGCAUUUCCUCCUGCCUGCAACUACGUGUCUGCAGUUGGUCUGUAGGUUGAGCUCUCUGACACGUGAAAACAAAACAACAGGUUGGUUGAUUGCAACCAGCAGCUCAAGAGAUGGUCUGGACUGAAGGUCGACCUUGGUGGGCCAGCCUGAUCGGUACCAGUGACCUGAGGACUAUGUCAACUCUGCAGACAGAGAUUCUGUGGAGACUUUUCCAGAAUCACACCGAAAAUUAGAGGCAAAACUCAUUAAAACGAGGGUGUCAGUUCAGAGCUCUGACCACAAGGCCUGAAUUUCCUCCCAGAGUUCCCUUGCAAAGCAAAAGCUGCUGUUGCAUUUGCAGUCGUCCAGAUAAAUGGACAAAACAAUGGGUAAGAUGCUGGUUGCCUUCAGCAGUGGCAGGAGAGAUUUAUCAGGUGAAGAAUUAAAUUCCAGCCUCAAUAUGCCUUUAUCUGGGAAACACUAGGUUGGUUAAUUGGCCUGUGUAGUAAGAUGGAGACGCUGAAAAAGGUGUUGCUGCUUCUGAAAGAUCUCCCCAGAGACUGGAGAAGUACGAUUUUUCAUUCCUGUGAGGUAAGCUCUAACACAACAACGUUUUUUAAUUGGAUGGAUACACCACAAAUUGCUUUGGAAGGGCGGGGGGAAAGGGAGCUGAAGUUAUUUUGAGCUGCUUCUCGCAGACCUGUGCUAUCGCUUUGAAAAUCAGAAGCAACAGAGUGGUUUAUGUGUUUGUUCGUUUGGUGGGGUUUUGUGUGCUUGUAUUUUUUUAGUUUUUUUUUUGAAGAAGCAGAUGUGAAUAGAGAUUAUUUUUCACAGUGUUUAUUUUAAUGAGCUCUCUUUAGCCACGGACCGCGUGCAGCAAAGGCAGAGAUCUCUUUCCAGCUUCUCUGGUGAGCACAACUCAAACCGUACAUCCAGCUGCUGACAUAAGAGGGAUUUGGCUUUGUACAGGGAAGAAGGAAAGAAAAGGAACUGGCAAUGGGAGAAACCAGGAAGGAUGUUCCAUUCUGUCUAUAAAACCCACGCUCAAGAUGUAAGAAAGGGAUGGAGCAGACACCCUGGUGGGACUUGUGAGCAUCUUGUGCCCAGCAUGGAGCUCCUGGGAGUGACCACUAUUUUCUUGCUGAUCUGUGUCUCGUGCCUUCUUCUCGUUUCCACCUGGAGAAGCAUAUCACAAAAAGGGAAGCAACCUCCUGGCCCCAUCACACUCCCCCUUCUUGGAAACAUAUUCCAGCUGGACCUGUGGAACUUGCCUGAAAGCUUGAAGAAGCUCAGCGAGAAGUAUGGUCCUGUCUUCACCGUGUAUUUAGGCCCACAAAAGGUUGUGGUGCUGCAUGGGUAUGAUGUUGUGAAAGAAGCUCUGAUUGACCAGGCAGAUGAGUUCAGCGGGAGAGGCAGUCUACCACUGCUUAAAAAACUCUUCCAAGGCACAGGUAUGACCCUGGUAAUGUUAGCAUCCCAAGCUGAUGCUGUCAGUGCUUCAGCUGAGAGGGCAAUGGAGGAAGGAAUAGUGGAUCUAAUUUACUGCUUUCGUGCAUACAAAUUAGCAAUAAAAACCGAAAAGCCCAACUCAUUACUUGGACCCUUGAGUAAAUCAGACCUCUGGGGAACUGUUUAA